AUGGCAAUGCAUCGACAAAAAAAGAAAUUUGUACCACCAACAAAAAAAGAAAGAGCUACCGCUCUUGGUGAAAUAGAUGAUUUAGAUGAAGACAUUCGACGUGCUCUGACAAUCGCCAUUGAUGAAUGUUUUCCAUCAAUUCCAAUACCAGAUGAAGACGCGUGGUUGAGUGAACAUUAUGAAGCCGGACAAACAGUAAAACAAUUUGAAAGAUUACGAAAAAGUCAACCAUCUCCUACAUGUAACAUUAUUUAUAUUCAACCAUUUGAAGAUUUUAAUGGUCCAAGAUCACCUAAUUUGAAUAUCAUAUGUGAUUUUUCUCAUAUAUUUUUUCCUGGAUGUCAAACUGAAAUCCUACCAUCAGUUGAAUUUGAUUCUAAAACAAAACAACGUAUUAAUCAAUAUACAAAACAACCACAAUAUUUCGUACCGAAUAUAAUGAAUCAAUUGAAAAAAAUGCAACGAAAACGACAUAAACGUGAAGAAUUAUUUUCUAUCGGUGUAACUAUGGUUGAUAUUUAUCCAAAUCCAAACUGGAAUUUUGUUUAUGGUGAAGCAUCAAUCGAUGAAGGAAUUGCAAUUUAUUCAUUUGCACGAUUCGAUCCAUUAUUUCCUCAUACAUCACUAGAAUCAUAUACAAAUGAAGAACAAGUACUGGUUCUUCGACGAGCUGUUAGUACUUAUAUACAUGAAGUAAUGCAUUUGUUUGGAUUCGAACAUUGCAUCUAUUAUCUAUGUUUAAUGAAUGGAACUAAUUGUGAAAAUGAAAUGGAUGGACAAUUAUUAUAUCUUUGUCCAAUAUGUUUAAAAAAACUUUAUAUUUUAUUUCGAAAACAAAAUUUUAAUAUUUUACAUAUGUAUGAAAAUCUAUUGGAACUAUCGAGAAAAAUUGGAUUUCAACAAGAAACUAUUUGGUAUGAGAAUAGAUUGCGACUGUUAAAUCAAGAUUUAUAA